ACAACUAUCAAGUCGGCCCCCACAUACAUUCGCAACACCGAAACCGAUGGUGCAUACCUAAGCAGAACCUUAGGUGAUGGUGCUGUAGAUGGCGACCUCAUCGAAAUCAAUGAGCACCUACAAAGUGCCGACCUGCAAACCAGUGAUCCAGUAACAAUUGCGGAUAAUGGAUUUGACGAGCAGAGUCAUGAGUCCAGAGCUCGGCGUAGGACAAGAGAGCGAGCUUGCAAGGGAAGUAUGGCGGCGAUGAAGCGUCAGGAGAAAAUUGGCAAGCGAAAAACAUGUACGCAGGUGCCACGUGGUGAGAGGAAUGCUAUGCUAGAUCGUCGUAAUAAAAGGUUUGUAGGUAGGGUGAAUACCCCAACCGUCAGGUCCAUCUCCAUACCGAAAAUGAGCUCAACGGGACAACCUACCAUAGUUGAAGCACACAGUGCCUCAACAUCAUCUAGCACGCCGGAGUACACGAUCAGAAGUGAAGGUAACACGCCCAUCCUUACUCUCCUUGCGUCCCUUGAGACUGAACCCUCAUUUGUGUUGUUUGGCACCUGGGCAGACGACAUGGACUCUUACCUCAAUGGUCUCAUGAAUGAUGAUGUCAAUCCUGACGACCUCUUUGACGAUGAAUAUUACCUGUUUGCUGGUGAAGGCUCAGAUGCUGAUGACUUGGAGCACGACGAAUUGGAAGACUCAAGUCACGAAAACUAUGUCGACCAUGAUCCAUUUGACUAUGUGUACUCAAACCUGCCAGCCAACACACACAUCCUGAAGCACGCCGCGAACUGCGACCACUGCAAGGCCAAGAAGUUUGUGAGCGAGGCCCCAUGAUUCUGCUGUCGCAGUGGGCAGAUCGAGCUGAAGCAACUGGAGCCCAUCCCGGAGCUCAUGAGGCUUUGGUCUAGCACUGAUGCGGAUGCUAGGCAUUUUCGGGAGAACAUACGGUUUUUCAACGGACACUUCUCCUUCACAACCCUCGGCGUCAGCCUCGAUGAAACAUACACAAACAUGAAGUCUGGGGUGUACACGUUCCGGGCGCACGGCACCAUCUACCACAAUGUUCAUUCCUUCGGG